AAGUGCCUGAUUGCGGUGCGGCUGUUAAGUUGUAGUUUGUAUGUGUUGAUAGUUUUGUUUGUUUGUUUUUGAAAGUCAUCUUGCGUGAUAGUGUUGGAUUACAAAUUUAGUAGCUGAAAUUAAUAACUAUCUAGCAUGACGUUAAUACCAGUAGUCACCAUACAAUGCGAUUGGAACGAUGUCAUAAGGUAAGUAGUCAUUCACGACUAUAAAAUUCAAAAAGUUCAUAAGCUAGACGGAAAACGAAAUAAUAUCUUUGGCUAGUUCCUAACUUUUCUGUACAAGCGUAUCAUCUUAUUGUUUAGUGUCUGAAACCUAUAGCUCGUCGUCAAUUCAACACCUACUUAGCUACUAUAAAAUCUAUGAGAUGAUGUCGUGUGAGGCGGCUUAUUGUUCCUUCAAAAUUUGUUGAGCAAUGCUAUGCCUGGUUCACACAGCACAGCACGAAAAAUGUGUAGUGGAACUAUAACAACAUAACAUUUCCCAAGUCUCCUAACUACUUUAUGAAUAUUGUGUAUUUUCUUGGUUAUGUUCUUCUCCACAACUAAAAGAGGUUUUGAACUGGUGGUAGGAAAAGAGUUGUGGACUCUGUAUUCAAAAGAGUUAUUUUAUUCUUUUACUCUCAGAUUAUAGAACAAAAGUUUGUGCAUAGGAUAAAAUCUUUUGUUCUGUAAUCUGAGCUUUCAAUAUGAAUAAAGUGGCUUAUUAUAAUAUGUACAAAAGGCUCAAAGUCUGUAUACCACUUUGUUUUAGUAACUGUUUUGCUUCUGUAAAUAUUUACUACCAGGGCUCUAUACUAAAUGCAUAUGCUGGCUCAGCUUUCCAUUAUAUGUAAUUGAGUUGCAAGCUGAAAUUUUUGUCACGCAAAGUAUUAACUAUUAAAAACACGAAAUCUUUUUAGGCGGAAACGAAUAGAACUCGAGAAAAAAAUUAUUGAAAAUUAAUAUUUUUGUAGGUUAUGAAUCAAUUUCGACAGCAAUUUUGAUCAGUGCUGCCAUUUUUUUAUGCAAAAAUAACACGUUUCUCGUUGUCUAUGGUUUUUUUUUUUUUUUUUUUUAUAUAUAUUAUUUGCAAUCAGUCUUUGGACUAUGAGCAAAUUUAUUGAGCGCAACCAAACAUGACAGGAGUGGUCGGCCAGCGCCACCACUUCCUUUAAAGAACAUUCUUCCUCUUCAGUCUCGAGACGCGGUCAGCUUGCUCAAGCAAUUGGCAUAUUAAAGGAUUUGGAUGGUUUGAGAGGCGCUCAGUGUACCUCGAUUUGCAAUUGUCUAUCUCUUCUGCGACAGUGGGCAUGUUCAAGUAUUCAUGAAUUUCGUCAUUUUUUGUGAACCAUGGUGCAUUUACUAUUGUUCUGAGGAUAUUAUUUUGAACUCGUUGCAGGCAAGUAAUGUUACUUUUGCAAGCAGUGCUCCACAACUGUAUCCCAUAAGUCCAAACUGGUUUUAUAAUAGUAUUGUAAAUAAGAAGCUUGUUGUCGAUUGACAGGGCAGAGUUACGGUUCAUAAGCCAAUGAAGGUUUCUGUAUUUUAUAUUAACUUCAUCUCUCUUUUUCUUUAAGUGCUGCUUCCAGGUGAGUCUCCUAUCCAAGUGGAAACCAAGAUACUUGACGCAAUCUGAGUGUGGGAGUGUGUCUGACCCAAGGUGAACAGGAGAACAGUUUCCCUUCCUUAAUGCAAACGUAAUGUGGUUCGAUUUUUGACCACUGACUCGAAUACGCCAUUUUUUCAGCCAUGCGUGAGUUUGAUCUAAUAGGUUCUGUAGUUUUGCACUAGCUAUGUCAGGGUCUUUAUCGCAGGCUAGGUAUGCAAUGUCAUCAGCGUAUGUAGCAAUUACAGCGUCGCCAGCAGUGGGAAGGUCGUACGUGAAUAUGUUAUACAGAACCGGACCAAGUACCGAUCCUUGCGGGACUCCAGCCUCCACAGCUUGCAAGGAAGAUCGUGAGUCAUCGACUUUAACCCUGAAGUAUCUUUGUGACAGGUACGAUGCAAUUAUGAGGUAAACCGAGUGUGGUAGGUUCUUUUUAACCUUGUACAAUAGGCCCUUGUGCCAAACCUUGUCAAACCCCUGUUGCACAUCUAGGAAAGACGCGGAACAGUAUUCUUUUCUCUCAUAGCAAGUUCUUACUGUGUCAUAUACACGAUGCAUUUGUUCUAUGGUGGAGUGGGAUUUUCUAAAACCAAAUUGAUGUGUAGGGAUGAGGUCACAUUUAUCCAUGCAAUAUUUAAGGCGGGUAAGGAAAAUCUUUUCCCACAGUUUAGAAAGUGUAGGCGUCAAGCUAAUGGGUCUGUAGGAUGUAGGUUCAUGUAUAGGUUUUCCUGGUUUGUGUAUCAUGAUGAUUUCAGAGAUCAUCCAUAUGGCUGGGAAACAAGACGUCCUAAAUAUGGCGUUAAACAGGCAUGCCAGGAAGGUGAUACAUUUACUAGGAAGUUCUUUUAAGACCCGUAUUGAAAUGAGGUCGAAACCAGGCGCCUUUUUCGAAUCGAGUAAUUUAAUUUCUCUUGCAAUUUCUUUUGGGGACACAGGUGUCAGAGGCAGGCAUAGCUGGAGAUCUUGACCAAGUACCGUUUCAACUUCAGUUUCAUCCUCUAGAGCAUCGUUAGGCUUAAAAGUUGUGGCAAGAUGGGUAGCGAAAACUUCAGCUUUCUCUGCAUUUGUUUUUGCCCAGGAAGUAGAAGAAGAUCUAAUAGGCGGAGUGCAUUGCAUUGGUUUUCCAACAAUCCUCGUGUUUUUAUACAGAGAAUAUUCGCCUUUACCAUGUGGUGACAUACUUUCCAAUUUUUGUUUGAUAUUGGCAUUCCUAGUUGCCUCUAGAACUAACUUUAGGUCUUUUACAGCACGGUUAAACACCUUUUUGUCGACCUCUCUUCUAGUUUGGUGCCAUAUCCUUCGCAAACGGCGCUUUUCUAAAAUUUUCUUUUUUAUUUCGGAGGAAACUAAUAUGUUUUGUGGGGCAUGCUCAACAUACGGGGUACUUUUCCAAGCAGCAGUCUGAAUCACAUUUGUGACAUGCACACAAGCAGCAUCCACAUCUUCUUGGGAUUUAAUUGGCAUCCUAAAGUUAAGAUUGGUAUCUAUAUAAUAACGAAAGCAUUCCCAGUCGGUCUUAUGAUUUGUCAAGGUUUCAGGCUGUUUUUCGGACAUGAUGACAGAUGAGCUCAAAGUUAAUAUUACCGGGGUAUGAUCAGAACUCCCAUCUAAGCUAGAUUCCACGCAGGUAUAUAACUGACUUAUGUUUUUAGUAACGAAAAAGUCGAGGAGGUCUGGAAGUCUACAUUUGUCUGCUGGCCAGUAGCUGGGUUCUCCAGUGGAUAUUGCCAUUAGGUGAAGAGCACAUUGACUUUUUCUCAGUUCACGACCUCUCGGUAGAGUGAUGCGAGAACCCCAGAAUGUAUGCUUGGCGUUCCAAUCACCGCCUGCAAUAAAUGUGUUGCCAAGAGUUUCGAAAUAUGCCUGGUACAUUUCUUGUGUAAUCUUAUGCUUCGGGGGACUGUAUACAGCGGAUAGAAUAAAUGAUCCCGUUCGAUCCUCUACACGUACAGAGGUAGCCUGAAUGUGGUAUGUUGAGUAUCCUUCCAAUGGCACGUGUUUAAUGUUCGAACGAAUGACUAGCGCCGUUCCAGCAUGAGCUCGGCCAUCGGGGUGCGGCGUGAAAUAUAUUUUGUAGCCUUUCAUCUGGAAGUUACUUUUAUUAACUGCAUGAGAUUUCGAUAUAAGGGCCACGUCUAGUUGAUUAAUGGACAACAUGUUUUCCAGUUCGCAAAUGUUCGGAGACAGCCCAUUGAUGUUCCAGGUUACAAUGCGGAUAUUUAGGAAUUUGGUUGAAGCAUGGAGAUGAGAGUUGUCAAUAGGUUCAUUAAUGUUCCUAUUUGUUGAAUGAGUAGAUCCUUGCUUGACCAUGAUUUGCUCCAUUGUAGGGUACUGCUGCUUACUCUCACUAUCAUUAGUUGGGUGUUUGACUGAUUUGACAUGUGUUACUUCCGCGUAAGUCCUCCUAGCAUUCGUAUAUUUGUGGGUGUUUGUUGUGGUCUUGUUUUCCUCGAAUCUUUUAACGUUAUUUAAUGUUGUCUUUCUGUUAGGUUCUAUAAUUGGGUUUGUGUUGAUUUUGUUGGCAGUUUUUCUAGAGAGGAUUUCUUUAUAGACCUGACAUCCUUUAUAGUUUGCUGGGUGGUCGAGAGAACACAGUGCACACUUAGCUGGAGUAUUUCUGUCCUUUUUAGGACAAUCGCUGGUUUUGUGCCCUUCGCCGCACUUGACACAUCUAUAAGGCCUCAAGCAGUUAUUUUUUGAGUGUCCAUACUGUUGGCAUCUUUGACACUGGACUAUGGUUUUAGACCUUCGUGGCUCCUCUAUUUUAACCUGUUGGUGAUAAAUGUGCUGUAUUGCUUUCAACUCUUUGUUUUGCUCACAGGGUGCGACGUUGACGAAGAAAGUGGAAGUAGGUUUUUUCUCUGGCCCAUACCGACAGUUUAUGACUUCUCCAACAACUUUGUUUCCCGUCUUCUCUAUCACUUCUACGAUGGCUUCAUGAGGAGUAGUAUGAUGAAGGUUUUUAAUGACUAUGCGAUAGCAUUUGUUGUUUUUUCUAGUGAAAGUGUGUCCUAUUAGUCCUCUUUGUCUUAUAAGCUCGAUAACUUUUUUAUAAUUUUCAACCGAGUCAAUCAUAACUCGCAUCAGGUUUCCGUUUAUAAUCUUGUAUGUAAAGGGAUACCUUUAUCUACUACUGAAGUUAUUAGUUUCGAUAGCUCAUUUACGUCCUCUAUGCCAUAUAGUAUUAUUGGAGGCGAUCUACUUGGAUUUUUUGGUAAAGAUGGUCUAUCUUCAGGUGUAUCUACCGGCAGGUUGCUGAAACGAUUUUGGGUUUGAGUUUCGGUGGGAGGUGGAGAGAAGCAAUACUUCCGUUUUUUGGAUCCAGGAACUCGUUGCCACAAAGGAGGCAGUUGAUCUGUUUCUGGUGUUUGAACAGCGGUUACAUCUAUUUCUGUUUGGAUAUCUUGAGCAAGUUCGCCACACGAGUAUGAUCUUGGUCUUGAGUCAAAGAAGCUUUUGUGGAACACUUGUUGGGCAAGCACUUUAUGCGGUUUGUUUUGUUGAGGUUGUGAAGUUUUGGUUAGAUUUGGUUUUAUAAUUUCAUUCAUUGGAUUCCCACGAGAUAGGACGAAAUAUAAGUCGCUCACAGGGUGACGCCUAUUCCUGUAAGAAGGCACUUAUACAACGAUGGUUGCCCGUAAACAUCGAGGUUGGCGCUUGAGACUGAUUGCCUAUCAGCCAUCCAUCCUAUCGGCACGGUCCACACCUUAGGAUUAGGGUAAUUUUUAUUUUAUUCAAUAAAGGUUUUCUUCCUUUGAGCCCGGGCAGUUAAGCCAAGACUCUCUUCGGGUAGAUCUUCUGGUGACAAGUCGUGGAUAUAAGAUCGGAGAUUGUUAUCCCCUUGCCAGAUAUUCGGUUAUAGCGCCGAAGGCUCGCUUUUGCCCUUCACAUUGGCUAUCUUGGUCCAGAGGUAUACAAGGGAGCUCUGUUUGGACCAAGACAUUGCUCGUGUUCGUCGCAGUUGAGAGCUUUUUCGUACUCCUGCUGAUAUUAACAUCGUUUGACUACCAUGCAUCCUCAAAGCCUUCGGCUUCGAGUUCUGCUGUCCCUUUGCCUGAAGAGUCGAGUGUAGUGCGAGUUUUGGACUCUAAUAAGCCACUUGGGUACUUAAUUCCAUUAUAUGUAAUUGAAUUUCGGGGUAAUUUGUAGGGGAGGGGGGGGGGGGGAGGGUACAUCCUAUAAAUAGAGAAAGGAAACGUUUCGGAGAAUACCAUCAUUUAUUUGUAAAAAAAAUGAAAUUUGAUGAACAAAGAUUUUAUACAUAUACAAGAAUGAUUCAAGAAACAUUUUAUUACAUUUUGGAUUUAGUGAAAAACCGUUUGAUGAAAAAUUGGUGCAAUUGGCAUAAACAACCAAUCCUUCCAGAAGAAAGACUUGUUGUCACCAUUCGAUUACCAAAGCAGGAGGCAUGGAUAUCUUCGAAGUACCUCAAUGAGAUGAGCAUACACGACAAAUUGAAAACAUCGAUAAAUAGUAGUGAUAACAAAAUCAAAAUAAUCUUUACUGACAAUUAUCAAUAUAUUUCUCAUGGAAAUUUUAGCCUUGUUGUUAAACAUAUAAAAUCUGGUUUAAAGGUAGCAUUUGUAGCUCCUACAAAAACUCACAAUGUCCAUAAAAAAGCUGUUCUUUCAUUGUCCAUUGCUGAAAAUUCACUAGCUGUAUCGUCUUGUGAAGAAGACAAACUGUUAGUAUGGGAUAGUCGAACAAGUGAAAUUUUACUAGACUUGAAAGGUCAUGGUGGUCCAGUAUACAAAUGUAGGUUCUUCCCAUCUGGAAUUGUAGCUAUAUCUGCUGGAGCAGAUGGUUCCUGCAGGGUCUGGUCAGCAGAGACUGGAAUAAACCCUGUAACUUUAAAAGGACACACUAUGGCUGUCACAGAUAUAUGUAUCAUAGAGAAGGGUAGAAAUGUUAUAUCUGUUAGCAAAGAUGGUUCAGCCAAGUUGUGGGAUGUUGGAGAAUCAAACUGUAUUGGCAAUGUAAUGGAAGGACAUGGGCCAAUUAAUUGCUGUGAUUUAGCAACAACUGCUGAUGAACAUGGAGUAGAGAAUGAGAGAGAGGUGGGCACAAGCAACAAGCUAUUAGUAGUUGGUUGUGAAAGUGGCUUAGUUUUAUGCUCUCAUAUUGCCAAGCGAGAAGAAAUAUACCGCAAGCAACUGCAAUCUUCCUGCAAUGCAUGUAUUGUGAUUGAUCAGACAGCAAUUGUUGGCUGCGCUGAUGGAAAGAUGAUUCAGCUGAACCUGAAUAAUGGAGAUGCAGUUAGUGAAUGGAACGAAUCAGCCAGUCCAGUUUUGAGCAUGAUCGCACUUCCAAACCAGUUGUUUGUGGUGGGGCGUCAAGAUGGCACUUGCACCGUCCUGUCACUGAAUAAAUCAUACAACAUGACCAGGGUACAAUUAACUGGCUCCGAUUGCGACGGCAUCAGGGAUCUAUCCUUCAAUGGCAAAUGGAUAUUUGCUGGUUGUAGAGACACUAAUGUGCGAAAGUACGAUUUCAACCAAAUAAUUGUGCAUUAUAAGUGACAUGACAAAAAAAUAGCAAUACCAUUGUGUGUGAUAAUAGGUAUGUGCUUAUAAAAUGUAUUAUCUUAUGUUUAAUAUAAGUACCUUUUUUGUUACAAAUACCAUUGUUACAUAAUGAAUUAUUGUUGAAAAAGGCUUUUCAGAAGGUUUUACUAUUGAUAAUUUAUUAUUAUUUGAAAUAUUGGCUGCCUGAAUUAUUAUGUAAGAAAUACAGUAAAGUACUUCAAAGAAAA